AUGCAAGACAAAGAGCUUGUAAAAGAUGAUUGUAAUAACAAUUCUACAGAAAAACCAGAGUUAGAUUGGGCAAAAGAGUCAUCUAUUAAAAGUUUUCUCACUGAAUUAGAGGGUCUUGAAGGUUCUAACAGCCUGGAUUUAUUCGCUUCUGUUAAAAUUAUCAUUCUAGGUUAUAACCUAAGAACUUCUAUUUGUAUAGGAAAAACAUAUACCAAAGAGAAAAACUUAUUGAAGUUGCUUGUUAAAAGUUUUCUCACUGAAUCAGAAGGUCUUGAAGGUUCUAAUAGCAUGGAUUCAUUCACUUCUGUUAGAAUUAUUAUUCUAGCUUAUAAUUUGAGAAUUUCUGUUUGCAUAGGAAGAACAUAUACCAAAGAGAAAAACUUAUCAAAGUUGCCUGUUGAAAGUUUUCUUACUAAAUCGGAGGGUCUUGAAGGUUCUAACAGCCUGGAUUUGUUUGCUCCUCUCCUGUUAGAAUUAAAGUAUGUAUACCAAAAAGAAAAACUUAUCAAAGGUGGAUUCUUUGCUCAUUUGUUGCUUGUUGAAGGUUUUCUUACUGAAUCAGAGGGUCUUGAAGGUUCUAACAGCCUGGAUUCAUUCGCUCCUGUUAGAAUUGUAGAGGUUAUUGAGUUCAGAGCAUGA